CGGCCACUCUCCGCCAGAUCAAGUCGCCGCAGACGAUUUCUAUCCGCAUACCUUAGUUUUAUAGACCUCUGCCCGCCGCUAGCGAGGGAAAUCGCAGCGAAGAUGGUGAAGGGGCGCCAAGGAGAGCGAGUCAGACUCUAUGUGAGGGGAACUAUCCUCGGAUACAAAAGGUCGAAAUCAAACCAGUACCCCAACACGUCUUUGAUCCAGAUUGAGGGUGUGAACACAAAGGAGGAGGUCGGAUGGUAUUGCGGUAAGCGUAUGGCCUAUAUUUACAAGGCCAAGGUCAAGAAGAACGGAUCUCAUUAUAGAUGCAUCUGGGGAAAAGUGAUCAGGCCACAUGGUAACAGUGGAAUCGUUCGAGCAAAGUUUAAAUCCAACUUGCCUCCCAAGUCCAUGGGUUCUAGGGUUAGGGUUUUCAUGUACCCAAGCAAUAUAUGAGGGUUCUAGGGUUAGGGUUUUCAUGUACCCAAGCAAUAUAUGAGCAGUGCUUUGGUAUGUGAAGAUGCCAUGUUGGGAAUUCCAGAGGCAUGGAGGUUUCGAUUUUCACCAUCCAUCUGGAGCUAGGAGCUAGGUUUUGAAGUUUUUGUAUUCAAGAGCUACAAUUGUUAGUUUUGUGUUUUCAGGAUAAUGAAUUUAACAUUUAUGAAUGUUUCUUUAUGGGAUUCUUCACACCCAGUUGCCUCUCAAUUGGCAUCAUGGGUUUAGAACUUGGUGGAACUAAGCUUAUUCGAACUCAGUUUGUUAGAAGUUCUCCA